UCGGUGAUCUAUACGUGCUCUUUGAGAAUUUUGUUUAAGCCAAACGAUUUUUCCAAGGGCGUAAGAGAGACAAUUAAAGCUAUAUAAGCACCUACUUGUGUUUUGGGUCAUGGGAUUGAGAUUGCCACCAAGUUAUUGUUUGGUUUUAGGGUGAGAGUGAAGGUGGGCAUGGCUUGUUCGAGCUAUGGAGGAGUACAAGAGGUCUCUGGAAGCUAUGGCUUGCCUAUCAUCGGAGCCAUUGCAGAUCGCUACGACUACUUCGUAAAGAAAGGAGUAGAGCCUUUCUUCAGAAAGCGCAUGGAGAAAUACAAGAGCACCGUGUUCAGAGUGAACAUGCCGCCUGGACCGCCUAUAUCUCGCGAUCCUCGCGUCUUAAUUCUGCUGGACGCCAAAAGCUUUCCCAUUCUCUUCGACAUGAGCAAAGUGGACAAGACCAACGCCUUCACGGGCGUCUACACGCCCAGCACAAAAUUCACUUUCGGCUAUCGGGUGCUCUCGUAUUUGGACCCUUCUGAACAAAAUCAUAGCAAGCUCAAGCACUUCUGCUUCUACGUACUCAAGACCAACGCAACCAAAUGGUUUCCGGAAUUCAAACGUGCCACGGGAGAGCUGUGGGCUAAGCUCGACAGACAAUUUGCCCAGUCCGGCAAGGCCGAAUUCAACAGUGAGAAUUUGCAAAUGUGUUUUAAUUUUCUGUGGAGGUCGGUGCUGAACAGAGACCCAGCGGAACCAGGGUACGCAAGCCUGGGAACUCAAGGGCCUAGUUAUGUGUUCAAGUGGAUUGGGCUUCAGCUCGCUCCAAUUGCAAGCACGGGUGUGCUGCCCAAGAUGUUGGAGGAGAUCACAAUCCACGCACUCCCUGCUUGUACGUGGGGAUUACAAAAAAGUUUACGAUUUCUUCUGGACAUAUGGCAGGCAUUUGCUGGAGGCAGCGGAGCAUCAGUUCGAUCUAAGUCAAGAGGAGGCAUGCCAUAA